AUGAUUUCCAAACGCUCUCGUCAACGCGUCUCGCGCUCCUCACGCCUUGAAGCCGUCGCUUCUGACGAAAGUGAGUUUUUUUUUCGGAUUUUGUUUCUGAAUCGAAGAACAGCAUUGAAAGUAAUUUCAAAACCUUCGCUUUCAGACAGAACUAGAAUACGCCGCAGCUCACGCACACGCAAGCCAAGAGUCACCUUCUCACCUUCACCGCCACGUCAAGUUCAUCCAAAGCGCGACGUUAAGAAAAAGGUAAUUUUUUACAUCAGAAAAUUUGAAAAGCAUCAUUUAUUUAGAAUGCCGGAGGUCUCAAGCAUAAGAAAGCCAAGAGAAAUAUCAAGUCACGCCGGAAGAAGGAAAAAGAAGAAUUAAAGGAGGUUUGUUGCAAAAUAAUUAAUUAAUCAGCAGUCUUUUGUGCUUUAUAGUAUUAUUAUCACAAGCUAUGAAGAUUCCAAAAAUGUUUCAGUAGAUCGGAUUGUAUGAAAUUACAUCUCAAAGGUUUUCUCAAUUUUUAAGUAUAAUAACUUUUCUUUGAAAUUAUUAGGGAGGACGCUUUUUUAAUAUUUUUAGACGGAGAACAAUUACACAAAUACCAAAAUUGCUUCACAAGUUUUUCAUGUUACGAAGUUAUGAAACCUGCAGUAUAACAUUGCUUUAUUUCAAUUUUCCGCCAAUACCAGAUUAUUUUUAUUGUUUUUUUUUUCAGGAAGAAUAUGAAAGAGAAGAAGUUGAUUUAACGGCAAGAAAUAUUCACGCUCCUUACAUUCCGAUGGUGAGUUUUAAUGAAAUUUUUUUUUGAUAUCCAAAUGUUGAUCAAACAAUAUUGACAUUUUUUAUUGCAGUACAGCAAUGAUGGUAUCUGGGAAUGGAUAGAAGACGGAAGGACGGCGUUGGAAAGUUUCGAAGCCACAAGACAGGAGAAUGUGGUCUUGUUGUCGACUCAAAGAGAUGACGAAGAUUCGAGAGAAGGUUCAAGAACGAAUUCAAGUAAAGAUUCGUGAGUAACUAAGGUUUUGAUAGAAUUCAAUCGAUUUUUUGCAGUGUCAGUUCAAUUGAAGACCGUUCUACUAAUGUUUCGAGUGAUGAUAAUGAAAGUGGUAAUUUUUUUAAUGAUUUUCAUCAAACUUAGAGCUUGGAUGCGUUUUUUUUCAAAGACUGGAGAUUCGAAGAAAAUUGAGAGCGAAUAUUUUUAUGUAAGUUCCAAAAAGAGUGCUGACGAUGAUCUUUAGAAACAACUUUCGAGCAUGUUCUGACAAAAAAAAGUGAAAAUCAACUGAAAAAGUUGUGAAACGUUAAAAAAAUUUAUUUUACAAGUAGAUAAUUUUCGAAUUUAAUUGAAAAAUUUUUACAUUCUGUGUAUUUAUAUUUCUUUAUUUUUCUCAUCCAGUUUCCAUUUUUCAGAACCAGAAAGCCGGUCAUAA